AUGCCUGGCAGACCAAAAUCUACAAGUUUUAUUGUUGAAGAAGAUGAAUUACUGACUGACGAAGAAAUAUUAGCUGAAGACUGAAGACUAACUCAACUGAUUGCUGAAACUACUAGAAUUGAAUCAACAUUGCAAUGAUGUGCAAGGCAUCGCCUAAUUGCCAACCGAAUGAUAUGUGAAAACUGUGAUGAUUUUGGUACUUUAAAUAGACUCAGCAGAAGGCAAGAUUUUUAUGAAUGAAGAUGCAGUCAUUGUAAUCGCUCACAUACAAUUCGCAGUAAAUCAAUUUUUGAAAGCAGUAAUCUUUCACUGCAGCAAAUCCUGCUAAUCAUCUAUUUUUGGUCCAAUAACCAUCUGCAACAAACUACUGUUCAUGAACUUAAUGUUUCUAAUCACACUAUAAUCGAAUGAUUCAGUCUUUUAAGAGAACUUUGUGAAGAAAGCGUUACUCAAUUUAAUGAAGAACUUGGGGGAAUUGAUUAUAUGAACAAUCCUAUAACAGUUGAAAUAGAUGAGUCUUACUUCUUCCAUAGAAAAUAUCAUAGAGGGAGAUUUACAGGAGGGCAAUGAGUAUUUUGGGGCGAUUGAGCGUGGUUCAAACAAAUGCCUAAUAAAACAAGUUCCAGAUAG